GUACUCGGAUACCUUCAAGGUUAGGUACCUUAGCUCGAGGGCCACAUAAUCGAUGUACCUACAUAGUUUCAUCAGUCCUUUGAUCCAUCAACCGAUCAACCCAUCUACCAACCUACUAAUAUCUCUAUUGCUUCAUUCUCCCCUAUUGCCAAACUUCCCUCUCUCGCUCUCCUCCCCUAGCCCUCAACAUCGUCUGCGUCGUAUGUUGGCUAGUUGAAAUCCCAUUCUCUCCCCGACUUCAUCUCCUCUCCCACCACCCAGUAACCAACCAUGGCUGGUCGCUUUGUUCGGGCGUCCAAAUACCGGCACGUCUUCGGUAAAUCGACGCGGAAGGAGUUCUGCUACGACAACCUACGCAUCAGCCGAAAUGCUUGGGAUACCAACCUGGUCAAGGCCAAUCCAGACUACCUUGCCGUCAAUUGGGAGGCUAGUGGUGGAGGUGCAUUUGCUGUCAUUCCUCUGAAUGAGAAGGGAAAGCUACCCGACGUGAUCCCUCUGUUCCGUGGUCACACUGCCGCCGUUCUCGAUACCGACUGGAACCCUUUCAACGACCGCCUAAUCGCGUCAGCUUCCGAUGAUGGCAAAGUGAUGCUGUGGGAGGUGCCCAAGGACUUCACCCUGUUAGGAGAUGCCGAAGAACCCGCCGACGUCUACCCCGUCGCCAAGUUGAGCGCACAUUCGAGGAAGGUUGGACAGGUCCUGUUCAACCCCGCUGCCGAGAACAUACUAGCAUCCGCAUCCGGCGACCUCACGAUCAAAGUCUGGGAUGUUGGUGCUGGAUCCGCCGCUCUUACCUUGAAGCACCCCGAUGUUGUGCAAAGUCUGUCUUGGAGUGCUAGCGGUACAUUUCUGGUGACGACCUCGAGGGAUAAGAAGCUUCGUGUAUGGGAUGUUCGACAGGAACGACCUGCGCAUGAAGGUCCAGGCCACGAGGGGGCCAAGAACAGCCGUGCGGUCUGGCUGGGUGAGCAGAACAGAUUUGCCACUACCGGCUUCUCGAAGAUGAGUGAUCGUCAACUCGCUCUUUGGGAACCUGGCAACAACACACCCAUUGGGGGGUUUAAUAACCUUGAUAGUAUCUCGGGUGUUUGCAUGCCUUUCUGGGACGAUAGCUGCAAUUGCUUGUACCUUGCUGGAAAGGGUGAUGGCAAUAUCCGCUACUUCGAGUAUGAGAACGACAAGUUUGAAUUCCUUUCAGAGUAUAAGUCCCCUGAACCUCAACGGGGUAUUGCUUUCCUCCCCAAGCGCGGCGUCAACGUUCAUGAGAAUGAAGUCAUGAGGGCGUUCAAGACUGUCAACGAUGCGUACAUUGAGCCCAUCUCCUUUACGGUGCCUCGGCGGGCUGAGACAUUCCAGUCGGAUAUUUAUCCGCCGGCCGUUGGCCUCAAGGCUGGUGUCAGCGCCGGCGAGUGGCUGUCGGGGAAAACGGGUCUGCCACCAAAAAUCGACUUUGAAAGCGUCUAUGAUGGCGGCGCACCUGUUGAGGUUCCGGCUAACUACAGGCCCUCUGCUCCCCUGGCAAGCCCUUCUCUGCCCAAGCCCACCCCAAAGAAAGAGCCAGAGCCGGCGCCGGCUACACCGCGGUCUCCGCCUACUACGACAAAAGAGCAAACCCGCUCCAUAGCCGCAAUAGCCUCGAAGUAUGAUGACGACGGCGUGGAUGAUGACACCUCGAGUUUCGAAGAGGUAUCUAAACCGCUUCAGCGGAGCGCGCUGCCUCCCUCUCCGACCAAGACUACGUCGGCACCGGCUCCGAGGGCAGCGUCGCCAGUCAAAUCGCCUACGUACGCAUCGGCCCCAGCUGCGGCAAUCUCUGCCCCGCCACCGACGGGCGGUUCUGCGGGCGGCCCGAGGGUCGAGUCGACACUCGAGCAGAUCAAACAGCUCAUAGAAACGCAGACGCAGAUGAUCACCGCGCAAGGCCAGCAAAUCAACCACCUGACGAGCGAGGUUGACGGCCUCAAGAAGCGAGUGGGAUCCGGGUCGCAGGAUCAGAGAGAGCGCAUCCGGCAGCUAGAACUCGAGCUGGAAGAGCUAAGGUCAUGAGACGAGAAAAGUGCCGGCGAUGUCGUAGCAGCGCCCGCGUGUUGGAGGUAAGAUGGAGUAAGAAGAGACCGGGUCGAGCUCACCAGAUAAUGGAUAACGAUCGUGAUGAAGCCUGUUACUUACCAUCGAUGGACAGCAUUUGUUUGGUGCAUUCAGGAUGUGUUGUGUUUUUUUGUUUCCCGCCCUGCAUGUGCUCCUCCACGAGCCUGCUUUUGUAUCCAUACAUGUGUGGGAUUAUUAUGAAAGCUUCCUCAUUCGUGCGGGCACGGCGUCAUUGUCGAUUCUCCGUCAUUUCGGUGGGGGAGCUUUUGGAGGGCGGAAGAGAGAGGGGGGGAAGAAGGUAGGGAUAUUUCGGAGGCACGCUCUCCCGAUAAAACAUAAUCUUAGGUAGUUGAUAUUCUUAAGGCUAGCA